GCACGGACGCGAGGUUGGGGAUCCCGGAAGUGUCUUCGGAUUGUUUACAUUCGCGUCUUUGUUCCGACAAAAUGUCAAAGAGACGCUCGAAAAGCUCCGAGAGCCGGAGCCUGAGGAGCGUGGUGGAGCAGCAGCUGGCCGCGGCCGUGGAGCACAUCCUCCGGCUGCUGAGGGAGCGAGGAGCCGCCGACCCGGAGCGGCUGGAGCGGCUGGUGACGGAGCGGAUCAGCGCGGCCGUGCAGCGGAUCUGCACCGCGUUCAGAGCCUCCAGGGCCGGCUCAGACCCGCAGGCACCCGGGGCCGGUCCGGAACCCGGACCCGCAGCAGAAUGGACAGAGUUGUGUCUGUCCCUCGGUGUCCAGAGUCUGAAGGAGCCUCUGCCCAGCACCUCCUCCAGACCUGAGACCAGCUCCGGACCUGAACCCCCACCGGUCUCACAAGAGGACCUGGCUGUUGAAGACGAGGAAGAUGACGAAGAGACCACAUGUCACUGCUGCAGAGUGUGUGGGAAGUCCUUCGAUAGGAAAGGCUUCUUGAUGAAACACGUGGAGAACCACUUGAAGGAGUCUGAAUGUCUCUGCGGUGUCUGUGGAGAGCUUCUGGAGUCCAGUCACGGUCUGAAGCUUCACCUCCAGACUCACCGCGACAGCAGCCGGACCUGCACCGUCUGCGGAAAGAAGUUCCCAUCGAUCCGAGCUCAGGAGACGCACCUGAGGCUGCACACCGGAGAGAAACCGUUCAGCUGCCACAUCUGUGCAAAAGGCUUCAACCAGAAGGGCAACAUGGUGACGCACAUGAGGACCCACACGGCAGAGAAGCCCUUCAGCUGCACCGCGUGCCGGAAAGAGUUCAGCCAUGCGGCCUCUCUAGAGCGACACAUGAAGACCCAUGAUGGACAGCUGCCAUUCAGCUGCAAUAUUUGCAGGAAAGCAUUUGAUAAGAGCACUGAGUUGAGGCGUCACAUCCGGAGUCAUAAGUCCGAUGAGCAGUCUGCCACUAGGAGCAGCCGCAGGAAACCCAGUCCGACCCCCCCCCACUGCUGCACUGUCUGUGGGGAAGCCUUUCACAAUAAAGGUAACUUUGUGCAGCAUGCUGAGACUCACGUAAACAGUCCUGAAUGUCGCUGUGGGGUCUGUGGGGAGCAGUCGGAGUCCUCAGAGGGUCUGCAGAUCCACAUCCAGAGCCACCGAGAAACCAGCAAUAUCUGCGACAUCUGCGGCCUCAGCUUCAGGGACAAGGAGAUCCACAUGAGGACGCACAGCGGCCUAAAGCCCUUCCAGUGCAAAGACUGCGGUAAGGACUUUCCCAGGAAAGGUUCUCUGGAGCGACACAUGAAGCUGCACGCCGGUGAGAGGCCGUUCAUUUGCGAGUUCUGUGGGAAGACUUUCAUUGAAAACACUGUUUUGAAGAGACACAUCAAGAGCCACACGGGCGGGAAGCCACGCAUUUACUCCUGUGACGUCUGCGGCAAGAAGUUCACUAUGAGCCAACAUCUAGAUGUGCACAAGAGGAUCCACACCGGGGAGAAACCAUAUACCUGCAAGAUCUGCGGAAAGACCUUCCGUCAGAUCGGGAACCUGGACUCCCACACCAGGAUUCAUACGGGUGAGAAGCCGUUCAUCUGCAGCCUCUGUGGGAAGAGGUUUCGCCAGAAGAUCUCGCUGGAGACGCACGAGAGGUUCCACAAGAAGGAGAAGCCAUUCAGCUGUCACCUCUGCAGCAAAGGCUUCGUCCAGAAGAUAGACCUGAAGAGACACAUGCUGACACAUACUGGGGAGAAACCCUACAGCUGCAGAGUCUGUGGUAAGAGCUACCAGGAGAAGCGCUCGGUGGACACGCACAUGAAGGUUCACACCGGAGAACGGGCCAUCAAAGAUUCACCUGGGACUCAGAGCCUGAAACGACAGGAAGGAGCUCCUGUGGACUUCAUCCAGCUGUGAGGAGCCUGAAGGCCACGCCAGUAACAUCCCAUCAGUCACUGGACGCCUCUGUGCAGGGGGGGGGGACUGUUCCCAUUCUGAUCCAAGUGUUCUUGGGCAAGAUACUGAACCCAAAUACCGAAAGUUCUGCAGAUAAAUGCAAUGUGAAUGUAAAGUUGUUCUGUAAAGUGCUAUGAGUGUAUAAAUACACACCGUUUACCA